UCACCGGCUCGCGCGAUCGAUCGCCCUUCUCCUGGUGGCGGUGAUUAUCGUUCUUGAAGAUAGUUAUCAUAAUGUGUACAUUUUCACAGCAGCCGUAGCAGCAGCCGACAAUGGCUGAAAGUACUGGUUAGUCACGGCAUGCAGACGACAUCUUGUAUAUUGAAUAAAUGUCGUUCUGGAAAAACAGGGAAUGGAAGCCCCACCCCCCUCAUACCAUGAAGCGGUAAACUCUGAACCCUCUUCAUCGUCUUCAUUUACCUAUCCGUCCCAGAGUUCACCCGAUUCUAAUUCGACAGGUGCGCGAAUCCCUGAACUAUGUGUGUGUCCACAACACGGUGUUGUGCCUCGGCUGAAUGUGUGUAUAUGUGGAAGAGAGGGGCUAGAGACCGGUACAAUUCAAGCAAUGCCAUGUCAACAUUGCAGCAAUUACGUCAUCGUUCAACGUCAUUUGUUAGACACUCAUGCCGACACUAGUAUUCAUCCACAAGUGCAAAGACAUGAAGUCAAUAGUGAAGGGCAUUGUCACCAAUCGGUAUCAAAUGACGUAACGGUACAUUUUGAUUCCGCUAAAGGAACAGUGAGUUCCCUUGUUUCCUCGGGAACAGAAGAUAGUGCUGAACGCGAACCAAUGAUCUCCAAUGCAAAUAGGGUGUCAGAUACCGAUGAGUUGGAGGACGAGGAAGAGAAAGACGGCGCAUGCGCCAACUGUAACACCGGUUCGUUCUGCGCGGCGUCAUUCCUGGCUAUCGUGGUCAUUAUUCUAAUUACCGUCUUCACAUUCUUCCUUACGUAAUGGAAGUUUCAAAAUUUAUAUUAUGAUCUGUUGUUUUUGCAAAAUCUAUACAUUCUGGCUUAUUUUCGUAUAAUUUUUAUUUUUGGGGAAAAAUUAUCUUCAGUUUGUUAUAUUUACUGAUUUAGCAGUCUCUGAUUCAUUUUGUUCACUGUUAUUAAUUUUACCAGAAUUCCCGCUGUUGCUACAUGAAUAUUUUAUAACUGUAUUCAAUAUUGUAUACUUAGAGAAAAUUAACCAGAUAUGUUGGUUGUUUUAUUGGAAGGUGCAUUUAGUAAAUUAUUUUCGUAGACACAA